CAAGCGACAAGCGAAGGGACAGCCAGAAGCAAGGACAGACAGCCAGAAGGGAAGACAGAGGAGAGUGGCCGACAACUAGAGAAGACGGAAACCGAAGGCCCGAAAAGCCCCUGGGAAACUGGGGGGUCGACUGGCAGACGCUGGCUGCUGUGACGGCUGUGGCCGGCAGUAGCCACCCUGGUGCCAGCCCUGCUCCUGCCACCCCUGGGAGCCCUGUCACUGCAGGUGUCGGACAGUGGCGGGGCAUGGCAGAUUCUUGCCGGAACCUCACCUACGUGCGAGACUCGGUGGGACCUGCCACCAGCACCCUGAUGUUCGUGGCCGGUGUGGUGGGCAACGGGCUGGCGCUGGGCAUCCUGGGUGCGAGAAGGAAGUCACACCCAUCGGCCUUUGCAGUGCUGGUCACUGGGCUGGCAGCAACAGACCUUCUGGGCACGUGCUUCUUGAGCCCUGCGGUGUUCGUGGCCUAUGCGCGCAACAGCUCCCUGCUGGGCCUGGCCCACGGAGGCUCAGCCCUGUGCGAUACUUUCGCCUUUGCCAUGACUUUCUUCGGCCUGGCCUCCACGCUCAUCCUCUUUGCCAUGGCCGUGGAGCGAUGCCUGGCACUCAGUCACCCCUACCUGUACGCCCAGCUGGACGCACCGCGCUGCGCCCGCGUGGCCCUGCCUGCCAUCUAUGCCUUCUGCUGUCUCUUCUGCUCGCUGCCCCUGAUGGGCCUGGGGGGACACCAGCAGUACUGCCCUGGGAGCUGGUGCUUCAUCCGCAUGCGCUGCACACAGCCUGGUGGCUGCGCCUUCUCCCUGGCCUACGCCAGCCUUGUGGCCCUCCUGGUGACGUCCAUCUUCUUCUGCAACGGCUCUGUCACGCUCAGCCUCUGCCGCAUGUACCGCCAACAGAGACGCCACCAUGGCUCACUGGUACCGACCUCUCGGGCACGGGAGGACGAGGUCGACCAUCUGAUUCUGCUGGCCCUCAUGACGAGCGUCAUGGCUGUGUGCUCCCUGCCGCUCACGAUCCGAGGCUUCACCCAGGCCAUUGCCCCGGACAGCAGUGAGAUGGGAGACCUCCUUGCCUUCCGCUUCAACGCCUUCAACCCCAUCCUGGACCCCUGGGUCUUCAUCCUUUUCCGAAAGGCUGUCUUCCAACGCCUCAAGCUCUGGCUGUGUUGUUUGUGUACCCGUUCUGUGCACGGGGACUUACAGACGCCCCUUUCCCAGCCUGCAUCCGGGAGAAGAGAGCCGUUGGCCCCCACGGCUCUCCAGGCUAAGGAAGGGAACUGGGUGCCCCUGGCAUCCUGGGGCACUGGGCAGGUGGCACCAUUGACUGCUGUGCCAUCCAAAAGAGAGGCCAUGGCUGCUUGCUCCCUCUGCUGACAUCUAAGCGGGUCCUGCAUGCCAUCCUGGGUCCGGUGUCACAGGACCAGAAGCCAGAAGAUCAGGGACUCAACAGAUGAUGGUGGGAGCCACGUAUUUGAACCCUAAAGUCUGGGAAUGUCUGCUGCUGUUUUCCUCCUUGGGGACAGUGGCUACAGACUCUGGGAAGAGGGUGAAGGAUGCAGGGGACAUGUUCUGUGGCUCUUGAGAGGGAUUCUCUCAAAAUAACCAGGGCCUGGCCAGGCUGCUCUGGCCCUGAGAUCCCCAUUUAUCUCACUGUCUAAAUAUUUAGGGAGCAGAAAAAUGUCCAGUGGCUUCUGUGGACUCCAGUCUGCUGGGUUUGACUGCUCUCCACUUCCACUAAGCACUAAGGGGGUCCCUGGAUGUCCACCCCGGGUCCCAAGGGGGCACACAGCCAUGCCCUCUCCCAAGCUAUUCCAGCAACCUCUCUCAGAAAUGUUCCUUCCCUCUGCCAUUUCCCAUCCCCUAUGUGACUUGGGGGUCCUGAACCUCAAAAGGAAGUGGGAAGAAGGGAAGGCCAUUGUACUGUAGGUGACAUUCCUAGACGCGUAUCUGGCACAGAAAUAGAAACACCACAACUUGGAAGAAAUGUGCUAUGUGAACUUUGGGGGAGGGUGCGGGGGACAAGCCAGAGAUGGUCCACGUCCCAAGCCUGCCUCCUGCCAUCCUGGAACAAACAAGUGUCUCCUCUUAGAACUGGACCCCAACUCAUCGUCUUCAGACCGUCCACAAAGAUCUCACUCAUUCAUCCAACAAACUCCUAGGGGACCCUGAAGUCAGCAAGCAAGAGCUGACUCUCCCGGGCCUCCAAGCAAAGACGCCAGGGUGCUUGGGAAUGAGUUGACUGAUAUGAAGGGAAGUGAGUCAG